AUGGUCGACCUCGACGCGGACGGCGACGUCGCACGGUGCUACGCCCACCUCGUCGUCGGCCUCCGCGGCCACCACCGCGACUUCGACAUCGAUCCAGCGCGCGCCCCGAAUGGGUACGACAUGCUCGCGUUCCGCGAGUUCGUCCGAGCCGCCUACCCCCUGCUGCCGCCAGGAGCCAGCGUCGCGCUACCGUGCAAGUCUGGCGGCGGCGGAACGAGGCCGUGGCUCAUGCUCAUCCUCCGGGGCCGCGCGGCGCGCGCGACGGCGCGGGCUGACCAACACGGUGUUCUGUGCGCGGGCGCCGUGGUGUUGCGAGUCAUCCGUGGGGAAGAUGGAGCCCCUACGGGAAGGGUUCUUCGGCGCCCAAUGACGCGCCACCACGUCGCGUCUGACAUCGCCGCCGCCGAGGAGAGCACGUUGUACGAGCAGUACGACAAGGACCACCCGGUGAUCGCCGACCCGGCGUGUUCUCUGAGAGCGGUAGCAACGCAAGUUCUAUGGCGGGAGCAGAACAUCCGGCUCAACACCACCAGGUUCGCGCCGACGCUGCAGAUGGUGAAGCGGAUGCUGAGCGAGUGA